CACAAAACAGACAACGGGACAAAAAGUUCAGUCUGUCGAACGAAACGGGAAACGAAAGUCGUCGCGUUGUACCAACUAAAUAAAUGAUAAAUUGAUAAAUAAAAUAACUCGAUGUUAACAAAUUACAAAUAAUUCAAAGUAUAUUUUUGUACACACGCCUCGUACAAGUAAUCUAGCAAACACCAAAACACCAAAGUGCAUUUAAUACAAACAAAAAUUGUGAAAACGCAAGCAAUAGGCAAAGUCAUAUGUCCAUUAAUCAUAAAAGAAGUGAUAAAAUAACGUGUUCACAUCGUAUUUGAGUUGAAACCGCAUAAUUCAAUUGCCAAACAACCACACCAAAAAGUAAAUAAAUAGAUAUCGAAGUGAACGUGAUACGUCCUCAACCCAAUUAGGAGUUAAAUAUAAUAUAUAGAAGCUGUCCAAAAUGCGCCGCAACAUCAAAUUGAUUGUUUUCGUGAGCAUCAUUUGGAUGUUCGUGAUGGUCUACUACUUCCAGUCCAGCACCGAAAAGGUGGAGAACCGGGCGCUGCGGCUCCGGGAGGUGGCCACCGCCAUGCAGCAGUACCAGGACGACUCCUCCUCGGCGGCCGCCGCCUCCACCGCCCGCCAGUGGGCGCCAGCUGGCGGAGGAGGGGGCGUGGCAGCGGGGGCAGGGGCGGGAGCGGCGGCAGGAGCAGCUGGCAGCGGGGCGGACGAUCCCGGCGGCAAUGUCAUCCUAAUCGGCUCGGUGAAGGACUUCGAGCGCAAUGCGGUCCACGGGCUCAAGUUGAAUGGAAUCGUGGCUCUCGAGGAGACUUCGCAGGGUCUCAGUGGGGGAACUGGUGGUCCUGGUGGUCGAUUACCAGUGGCUCCCAGUGGUCGGGGCACCGAAGUGGAGUACUUCAACGAAGCGGGUUACAUUCGAGCGGGAGCCCUGAGAAAUGGCGAAGAUCCCUAUAUCAGAAAUCGCUUUAAUCAGGAGGCCAGCGAUGCUCUUCCCAGUAAUCGGGACAUUCCCGACACCCGGAAUCCAAUGUGCCGGAACAAGAAAUAUCGGGAAGAUCUGCCCGAAACAAGUGUGAUCAUUACCUUCCACAACGAGGCGAGGUCCACUCUGCUGCGAACCAUUGUGAGCGUCCUGAAUCGCAGUCCCGAGCAUUUGAUCCGGGAAAUUGUCCUGGUGGAUGACUACAGUGAUCAUCCUGAGGACGGUCUGGAGCUGGCCAAGAUCGACAAGGUGCGGGUGAUCCGCAACGAGAAGCGCGAGGGUCUGGUGAGGUCGCGGGUGAAGGGCGCGGAUGCGGCGGUCAGCAGCGUGCUGACCUUCCUCGACAGCCACGUGGAGUGCAACGAGAUGUGGCUGGAGCCGCUGCUGGAGCGGGUUCGGGAGGAUCCCACCCGCGUGGUCUGUCCCGUGAUCGACGUGAUCAGCAUGGACAACUUCCAGUACAUCGGCGCCUCGGCGGACCUGCGGGGCGGGUUCGACUGGAACCUGAUCUUCAAGUGGGAGUACCUCAGCCCCUCGGAGCGGGCGAUGCGGCACAACGAUCCCACGACGGCCAUCCGGACGCCGAUGAUCGCCGGCGGGCUGUUCGUCAUCGACAAGGCGUACUUCAACAAGCUGGGCAAGUACGACAUGAAGAUGGACGUCUGGGGCGGCGAGAACCUCGAGAUCUCGUUCCGCGUCUGGCAGUGCGGCGGCAGCCUCGAAAUCAUCCCCUGCAGCCGGGUGGGGCACGUCUUCCGCAAGCGGCACCCCUACACCUUCCCCGGCGGCAGUGGCAACGUCUUCGCCAGGAACACGCGACGUGCCGCGGAAGUCUGGAUGGACGACUACAAGCAGCAUUACUACAACGCCGUUCCCCUCGCCAAGAACAUUCCCUUCGGCAACAUUGAUGACCGUCUGGCUCUGAAGGAGAAAUUGCACUGCAAGCCCUUCAAAUGGUAUCUGGAGAAUGUCUAUCCCGACCUGCAGGCCCCCGACCCACAGGAGGUUGGCCAAUUCCGGCAGGACGGCACCGAGUGCCUGGACACGAUGGGCCACUUAAUCGACGGCACAGUGGGAAUCUUCCCGUGCCACAACACGGGCGGCAACCAGGAGUGGUCCUUCUCGAAGCGCGGCGAGAUCAAGCACGACGACCUCUGCCUGACCCUGGUGACCUUCGCCCGGGGCUCGCAGGUGGUGCUGAAGGCCUGCGACGACUCGGAGAACCAGCGCUGGAUCCUGCGGGAGGGCGGCCUUGUGCGGCACUACAAGAUCAACGUCUGCCUCGACUCCCGGGACCAGACGAUACAGGGCGUGAGUGCCCAGCACUGCAACUCGGCGCUGGGCACGCAGCGCUGGUCCUUCGGCAAGUUCGCGUGAGGAAGCGGUCCUCGACUCGACUAAGUUCCCAGUUCCAGGACUCGACUAAGUGCAGCUCGGCCGGCCGUGAUAUAAGUGCGAGUGGAUGAGAUUAGGAGGAGGAGGAUUAGGUGGAGGAGCCAACCUACGCGAUGCGGAUUGUAUGUGUACUGUACUGUGUACUUGUAAUGGUUUAUUCACGUUGAUUUGUUGCUGAACGGAGACACUCACACACACACAUUAUACUAUACUCGUAUAUUAGCGCGUGUAAGUUCGCGAAUAAGUUCAACCUUAGUUCGAAUCAAAUCAACUGCUCCCGGGGGGUCAAAGUUAAACGCUACCUAAACAAAACCAACAUAAGGGCAUUCGAAAAUGUACUUAGACUGAUUAAUUUUUUGUAUAUGUAACUAAAAACUAUACGAAAGUGGAAUAAUACUAUAACAUACCAUGUAUAACCUUUGGCAGCUGAUGGAUGAAAAGGGGAACCGAACUGUAACUGAUUUGCAUUCUCACACAGCAUACAGCACACACUCAUUCAAGUCAAUUAAGAUCUGUACGAAGCCACAAAUUAGUACCCACAUAUGGUCCGUUUCAGAAACCCAAAUCAGAAUCAUCAGGCCCAAGCUCAGAGUCUUCUCAACCUUGUACUUAAACAAACAAACAUGAAAUGUUAUCAUUAGUUUUAAUUAUACACCUAAGUGAAAUCAUUUGGAAUCAUUGACAACUGUAUGAAAUAUGUAUGUGUAUAUAUUGAGAGUCAAAUUUAUUUCAUGUUUAUCGAAGGCCAAAAAAGAACGUUUCGAUUAAAUGUAUUUACAUAUUGUAGGCAGAGCGAAAAAAGUGGAUUGUCUCCUGUGUUUUACCAUCGAUUGGCUGUUAUUUCGCAUGCAUAAAUCAUUUAAAGUUUCAAAGGAAAUUUAUUUGCUAUUUAUCACGGACAGACAACCGAAUUGAGCGGUGAACAUAUUUUUUCGCAUACAUUCCAUUUAUUAGAGUGGCUGAAUGAUUUGAAAUACACAGGAUAACACAAACCAAAUAUUGUAUAUUUGUUUGUAUACCCGAAAAAAAGAGAACGAAUGAUUAAAAGUGAGUUUUUAUUUUAAAACAACUAGAGAGGCAACAAAAGCGGAAAACAAUAAAUGGAAACAUAAAAAACAAA